AUGGCGGCAGAGAAGAGCGUGUUCUUGAUAGGCCCCGGCCUGAUCGGCACUGACCUGCUUGAACUCUUGGUGCAGGCCGGCUAUCAAGUCACCACCAUGGUGCGGCGGGAGGCACACGCGGCGCAGGUCCAAGGGCUCGGGGCCAAAGUGGUCAUGGGCACGCUGGACGACAAGGAGACCAUCCGCAAACACUCGGCGGCGAGCCCCAUCGUGAUCCACACGGCGACGGCCGACCAUCUGCCGUCUGUCGAGGCCGUGCUGGCGGGCGUGCGCCAACGCGCCGAGCAGGGACUGGAAACGACAUUCCUCCACACCAGCGGGACGAGCGUCCUGGUCGACAACUCCAAGGGCAUGUACAAGUCGGACAAGAUCUACUCGGACGAGCGGCCCGAGGAGAUCGACAGCGUGCCAGACACGGCGCCGCACCGGGCCAUUGACCUGGCCAUCCUCGCGGCGCGGCGCGACCUGGGCACCAAGGCCAAGAUCGCCAUCGUGCUGCCCUGCCUGGUAUACGGCAUCGGCAAGUGCUCGGGACGGGUGUCGAUGCAGCUGCCGACCAUGGUGCGGUUCGCGCUGAAGCACGGCUGGGUCCCCGUCAUCGGCAAGGGCGUCUCGGUGCGCAGCAACAUCCACGUCCAGGACCUGGUGCGCGGCUACAUGGUCAUCCUGGAGUGGAUGCGGCGCAGCACCGCCGACGAGGUCCUCGCGAACCCGUAUUUCUUCUGCAGCACCGGCGAGGACAUGGCGUGGGGGGACGCCGCCGCCGAGAUUGGCCGCCUCCUGCUCGCGGCCGGCAGGAUCGAGGACCCCACCCCGCGACCCGUGCCGCCCGAGCUCUAUGGCGACCUGUUCGGAGUGUAUAGUCCAACCACUGUGGGCGCGAAUUCAAGAAGUCGUGCCGACAGGCUGCGGAAGCUGGGCUGGCGUCCGACAGAGAAGGGGGUCUUGGAGUCAUUGCGUGACGACGAGGUGCCCGUCCUGUUGAAGGAAACCGGUCCGUUCAAUGGGUACACGGGCCUCGCGUCUUCGGGGACACAUGCGCUGAAGAGUUUGGAAUAG